AUGUCUGCACUCCAGCGUUCCAGCGAGCAGCUUCCGGCGGCAGCAGAGCCUGUGGCUCCCCCUGCGGGCUGCUCAGCGGCGUGCACAGUCCUGCCGGCUGGCUGGGUGGGUGGUGGGCUGCGGGUGGGGGAGGGGAUGGACCGAGUCCCGGGUUGUCGGGAUGAGGGUUCGGGAAGGUCUGGCCAGUAAGAUUCUACUCCCUGGCUCUGCACCGGGUUCCCUACCCCUGUCUACGUCGGCUCCGCCACUUCAUGGCUUGAGACUAAAAGAGCAUCUCGGCAGGGGGCCUUCCAGCCCCAAAGCAGCCUGUCCAGAGACCCCCAAAUUCUGAUCUUGAAGUUGGAGGCCUCCGGGGAUGUUCUUUUUAAAUCUUUUAGAAGGGUUAGAGGGGUUGAGGCUGCCUGACCCCAGCCUAAUGUGGUAGGUAGGCCUUGGGAAGUGGAGCAUGGGGGCAAAGGAUCCAAGCGUUGAGCCUUCAUACCCUAUUCCCCAUCCAGUGGGGUGCCGAGGCUCGGGCAGCAUGACGACGGAGACCUUUGUGAAGGAUAUCAAGCCCGGGCUCAAGAAUCUGAACCUUAUCUUCAUUGUGCUGGAGACAGGCCGAGUGACCAAGACAAAGGACGGGCAUGAGGUUCGGACCUGCAAAGUGGCAGACAAAACAGGCAGCAUCAAUAUCUCCGUCUGGGAUGACGUCGGCAAUCUGAUUCAGCCUGGGGACAUUAUCCGGCUCACCAAAGGGUAUGCUUCAGUUUUCAAAGGUUGUCUGACACUGUAUACGGGCCGUGGGGGUGAUCUGCAGAAGAUUGGAGAAUUCUGUAUGGUUUAUUCUGAGGUUCCUAACUUCAGUGAGCCAAACCCAGAGUAUAGCACCCAGCAGGCACCCAACAAGGCGGUGCAGAAUGACAGCAACCCUUCAGCUUCCCAGCCUACCACUGGACCUCCAGCUGCUUCUCCAGCCUUGGAGAGCCAGAACGGGAAUGGACUGAGUGCCCCAUCAGGUCCCAGUGGUGGCCCACAUCCCCCUCAUACUCCCUCCCACCCACCCAGCACCCGAAUCACUCGAAGCCAGCCCAACCACACACCUGCAGGCCCGCCUGGCCCUUCCAGCAAUGCUGUUAGUAACGGCAAAGAAACCCGGAGGAGCAGCAAGAGAUAGCAUGGCAUUCUUCCUUCCUGCCACCAACCAACCACGUUCCAAGUGUCUGCUGGAGAGCAAGAUAGCCUUCUACUGGCUGGCUGGUGUAGUAGUAUUUUAGCCACUGAACUUCAGUGGCGGGGUGGUGAGCAGUGGCCUUAUCAACCCUAAUCUUGUACUCCCCCAUUGUCCAGAUGAACUACCUGUCCCCUGGGAAUCAGGACCCUCCACCUGCUCUCUUUCCUCUUUAGAAAUGGCAGUUACCGGCUGGGCGCGGUGGCUCAUGCCUGUAAUCCCAGCACUUUGGGAGGUCAAGGCAGGCGGAUCACCUGAGGUCGGGAGUUCGAGACCAUUCUGACCAACAUGAAGAAACCCCAUCUCUACUAAAAAUACAAAAUUAGCUGGGCAUGGUAGCUCAUGUUUGUAGUUUCAGCUACUCAGGAGGCUGAGGCAGGAGAACCGCUUGAACCCGGGAGGUGGAGGUUGCAGUGAGCUGAGAUUGUGCCAUUGCACUCCAGCCUGGGCAACAAGAGUGAAACUCCAUCUCAAAAAACAAAAAACAAAAAAAAAAAAAAAGAAAAGAAAUGGCAGUUACCAUCUAUUUCUUCUGUGUGAGACAUGGGGGUCUAACUGAAAUCUCUUUCCUAAUAAAUGUUAUCACUCUACUCUG